AUGGUUACUUACUUUGAAAUUAAUGAGAUUAAUGUUGAACAAUUUGUUUCAGGUAAGAGAGCGUGGCCGGAGCUGGUGGGGACGAAUGGAGAUGUCGCGGCCGCCACAAUCAUGAGGGAAAAUCAGACCGUGCGCGCGGCGACUGUGGAUGAGAAAUCAGUUGUGACAUUGGAUUACCAGUGUGACAGGGUCCGAGUCUUUGUUGAUAGCAACCACAUUGUGGCUGUGGUGCCAAGAAUUGGUUAA